AUAAUACAUCAUGCGCAUCAUGAAAUGGAGUACAUUCCUAGGAUCCCCAGCAUCUCCAGUAAUGCGCCGCGCGCAGUUUCGCAAUUUCGCCGAGUUUCGCGCAGUUCUUCGGGUAUUUCAGGGCAUUCGCGGGAAUCACGACUUUCCCAGGGUUUCUCGCUGCUUUCGUAGAUUUUUCAAAUCCUGUGAAAGUCGGUUUUUUAUGAGCUAUAGACAGCUGUUGACACAAUCGGGAAAGCAGUGGAAGCAUCAUCGAUGAUAAAAGGAUCUUAUGAAAAACUGAACCCAAAUCGGUCAACCGAGGAAAAUGUCUAACGAGAAAUCAGUGAAGGGUAUUACUGUCUUCAGCAGAGUGGAAUAUGACAACCACCAAAAAUCCCUCUCGACGAAAAAGGAAUGGCCUGGUAUCAACAUCAGAACUGAUUCACGAACGACGUUGAAUAUACCGGUGCUCAUCAUGGAACUAUACCGAUUAGUACCCUACAAAGAAGGCCGCUAUAUAGAUUUUCAUCCAUUUAAUAUGCCUCACAUUAAAGUACAUAAAAUCGAACUAGUUGGAAUUGUUAUGCAUGUUAAGCAUAAUGUUAAUAAUCUGUUUCUGACAAUUGAGGAUGGGACAGGAGUGGUACAGGUUAAUUAUAAAUUGGAACAAUAUAUGUACUCGUUGGAAAAACGGCAGGAAAUUGAUAAGAAAUACAGGAACCAAGCUGAAAAUGUAAGGACAAGUGAGGCAAAAGCGAGUAGAAGCUGUUCAAACAAGUUUCCUGAGACACGUCCAAAAUUCUCUUAUCCACGUGAUGCAUCUUUACAUGAUAUAGCUGUUCUGGAGAACGAGUGGUGGUCAGAGACGAAUGGUGGUUUGUUGGGUAAAGAAAUUCAACCGUUUGACUACGUAUAUGUCACUGGAUACCCGUGUCUCGACUCAAACUUUCAAAAGAUACCAGAACAGAUUACUGCAGAGUUUAUCGAGAAUGCAAGACUGACUGUGUUUGCAAUGUCUGUCACGUGCACCUCUGAGGAGAUGUACAAUAAAAAGUUGUUGAUGUGGAUUAACACCACUAUUUGCCAAAGGUACACAGGAAAUAAAGGCUGUGCAUAUACUAGAAAAAAUAAAUAG